UUGUGCUCGCGGCAGUUCCAGUAAAAUGAUCAUUUGACACAGGGCUUGGAAGUAGAGGGAGAGAAAGCAGACUCUAAGAAAGAGAAUUAGAGAACUGGAAGACAAGAUAGAAAUCCAGAAAAGGCAAAUCAAAGAAAUAGAAGAAAAGAUCACAAGAGAGCUCACAGAAGAUAAAGCUAAGCCAACUGAGCAAAUCUCAAAGUGUACAAAGCAACUGGAAUAUAUUGAAGUGGAGGCAUCGACCAAAUUCCAAGCUUCUAUUAGAGACAAACAAAAACACAAAAAGAAAAUCGAUUCAUGUGCACAUGCUAAAUCCACAUUGGAAGAUUCCAUUCAAAAUUUUAAAAUGCUUAUCUGUUUAAUGAAUAGGAAGACCAUUCUGACAACAAUUUGUUUUUAAACUACCAAGAAGUAUUAUAAGAAAAUUUAAAAUAGCUGAUUCAGGAAUGAUGGGGAGCAAACUUGAAAAAACCCAGAGUGGUCAGGACAAACGGCAAGAUUCUGAAGAUUCGAGCAGGAUACAAUUAGAGGAGUCACAGACUUCACAGGAGCAACUAUUGGCUCCCCCAGAACCUGAGAAAAGAGAAUAUUUGGAGUCUUUUCCAGGCGAACAAUUGACUGAUUUAAAUGUCAAAACUUUACAAGAGCACCUGAUCAAACUAAAAGAGGAAAACAAAUACAGAGGUGACAGAAUAGCAAAACUUGAAGAUUAUAUUUUAAAAUUAGUGAAUUUACUAAAUUUAGCAGAGUCCAAAUUCAAAGGGAGUGAAGCUGUUGACAAUCAGAAAAUUCUUGAGGAGAAAUUAAAGGAGUAUGUAAUUCAACAGGAAGCUAGAAAUGAGGAGGCAGCAGCUCUGAAGAAAAAGCUGAAUGAGAUGCAACUUUCAUGCCAUCAACUUCAUUUUGAGUGUGAUGCUCUUAAAGGCAAGCUGGCCUCUGUGAAAGAACUGGAAUCACUAGAUUCUCACAGCAGUGAUGAGGAAGGUGAUGGUAAACACAGUGCCAAAGUAGAGCUUCUUCAAAGAGUCAAAAAUUUGGAAGGACUUUUGAAGCUUAAAGACAUGAAUGAGAAGGAGCUGACAGAAACUGUCAAGGAUCUUGAAGCCCAACUUUUGCAAAGCCAAGAGAAUCAAAGACAGCUUAGCUUGCGCUGUGCCAAAAUGAACCAAUUGACAAAGCAAAAGGAAGAUAUUGAAAGCAAGCUAGAGGAGCGGUACAACCAGGUAGAGCAGCUACAAAUAGACAAGGAAAAUUCUGAAGAAGAGUACCAAGAGCAAAUCAAAAUAUUGCUUGAUGAGAUCAAGGAGCGAGAUGAGGCUGAUUCCCAGCUUGAGAUGAUGAACAAAGAUUUGCUUCAAAAAAAUGAAGUGUUAGAAGAAUGCAGAAACACACUUGAAUUAAAAAUUGCCAAAUUAAAGAUGGACCUGGAAGAGAGAGUGAAUUGUGAGCUGAAAUUAAAAAAGCAAUGUUCAGAUCUGGAGAAAACAAUCCGAGACUGGGAGCAUUUUGAACAGCAAAUGAAUGAACAGUUCAAGCAAGUAGAAAAGAAGAAAAAUAACAAAAUUAAAGAUCUGAAGAAACAACUUAUGGAGAAAGAUGAAGUUUUGAGAAAGGCCUUGCAGGCAAUGGAAGAACUCAAGAAAAGUGCCAAGAAUGCUGAGAGCAUGGUUCAUGAGAGACAUGAAGUCUCUCCAGAGGUUCUGAAGGAAAAGGCAGAACUUGAAGCCGCGUUGAACAGAAAGACAGAGGCUGAAGUAGACCAAGCAGGAUUCAAUGUGAAAAUAAGAAGCAGGUUCGAAAUGGAGUUGAGUGCAAAGAGCAAAGAACUGGAACACUUCAAAGAUGAAGCCGAACGUUUGACCGCGGAGAUUUGUGAAUUGCAAGAGCAACAACGGCAGCAAAAAGAAUCCGAGAGGAAGUUGCAGGAACGAAACAGGAUGCUGGAAGGGCUGAUAGAAGAGGUGCAGGAAGGAGAGACCAGGAACUUGCAGGAAAAAAUAGCUCGGAUGGAGAAGCUGCUCAUUAUGAAAGAAGAAACUGAGGAAAAAUUUCAGGCAAGGAUUUCUAAUCAGGAGUCUCUUCUAAAAGAAAUGGAAGAAACACAAGGAAAGCUGGCACAACGUAAUGAAGAACUGGGUGCUAAACAACGUGGGAUGAAUGAAGAACUGCAUCGUUGGAAAAUUAAGUGUUCCAACCUAGAAAGGUUUGAAAGGGAAGUUAAAGUUGAAACAAGAUGUCAGAGAGAUAAGAUAAAGGAAUUGGAGAUUGCUAAAACUAAUCUGGAGGCGCAACUUCAAAAGAAAAUCAGUGAGUUUAAUGAGCUUGACAUUUUGAGGAGAAAGGAGCAAGCAAAUGUAACUGCAGAGCUCAACAAAAAGAUUGAAGACCAAAAUUUCCAAGUGUCUGUUUGCCAAGCAGCAAAGCAAACUCUUGAAAUGCAGUUGAAAAAGAAGAUUAAAGAAUUAGAAAUUUCUGAGGCAAGCAUUAAGAGCCUUAAGAGAAAACUUGAGGAGGCAGAAGAAAAUCAGUGUGAAAUCAGGAAAUUAGAAACCAUUCUUCAGCAGGAAAAGAAAGUGCUUGAAACUCAACUUGCCAAAGAGUCUCAGAUAGUCAUCACUUUGGAGGCCACGGUUAAAGAGGACUGCCAACAGUUACAAACUUUGAAAGGAGAUUUGCACAGGAAAGAAGCAGCUCUACAAUCACUACAGGAAGAGCACUCGCUGCUGCUGGCCAGAGUUCAAGAUUUAGAACAGGAGCUGGAGGAGGCAAAGAAGGACGUGACACAACAAGGUGAAGGGGAGACCAAGAAGCAUAAAAUUGAUGAUGUUGACCAGAGGCUGGAAGACUUUAUUCAGUCAGAGAAAAUACUCAGAGAAACCAUUGGCAACUUUGCAAAGACGGAGGCUGCUUUAAAAGAAAGAAUUCAAGAUCUGGAAUCGUCAAAGCAAAAGCUUCUGGAUAAAAUCAGCGAGUUGACUUCCAAGUCACAGCAAUUGACCAGCAAUGAUUCACAGCUUAUAGAAAAGCUCCGAUGUCUACAGCUUUCAGAGAGGAACCUCAGAAAUGUGCUUACAGAUAAAGAGAGUACUGAAGAGAUGCUGAAAGGUAAUGAAGGGAUACUGAAAGGUAAACUCUGCCGCUUACAAAACCAAUUGAGGAUGAAGGUGGAUGAAAUGAAUAAGCAGUCUGAAUACUUUGAACACUACAAACAAAGGCAGCAACAGCUGACUAUGAAGCUGAGAGAGCGCGAGCUGUCCUUGCAGAACCAACUCUUCAAACUGGAGAGAGAGAAAAUUGAUUUAAGUGCCACCAGUAUAGUCCUAAAAAGUGAGCUACACCAAGUCACUGCAAAGUUCACAAAGCUGGAGAAAGCACACAUGAGGAGGAAUAGAGAUGGUUCAGAGCAUGAUACGGAUCUCACCAACAUGGGAAGCUGCCUAUUGAGUGGAGAGGAUCACAUUAAAGAGCAGAUUCUGGUCCUUCAGAAUGACUUAAAGAGUCUUUUAGAAAAAGAAGCAGCAAAUAACCAGGAAAGGGAGCAAUUCCAAGAAAGACUUCAACAAGCUGAGGAAAACGAGAGCUUCCUGACACAUAAACUAGAAGACUUCCGCUCACGUAUCCACGAACUGAAGUUAUCAGAGAGCAGCCUGCAAGAGCAAAUCGAGGACCUGGAAGAAGAGAACGAGAAACUCAGAAAAGAUCUGAAAGAAGUACAAGAACAAAAGAACUACCUGAAUGUGCUGGACUUUGAAGAAAAGCUGGGGAAUUUAGCGCAGGAUGAGAGUACAGUGAAUAAAACCUCAAUUCAAAAUUGUGAACUCCAGUUCAGUUCAGGUGAAAUGUCAGAGGUGGGGAUUACAAUGGAGGCGUCUUCAAAAUAUAAGCACCUGAGCAGCCUCUGCAAUGCAGUGUUUCAACAUAUGGAGGAUGAGAGCUCACCCAACAGGUACAGAGAACUAAAAAACUCCUUGACCCACUUGCGAUCUCAGCUACAGAAUGGAGACAUCUUAUUUCGAGAAGAGUUAAUGCAGCAGAAGUGGACAGCGGUAUUGGAUUCAGCUCGGAACAAGAACACUCAAACUCCCUCCGUUGGACAAUGUCUUCAAGAGGCCAUGAUUCUCGCAAAGCUGGCUUCUGAAUGUACCUGUGAUUACCCUAAACUGUCUGAGGCUGUAAGAGAAGGGUGGCUUAAUUCACUGCUUCAAGCAAACUCGUGUACGUUGGCAGAGCUGAUGCAGAUUGUUAGGACUGGAGAUGUGGAGGAGGUCAGAACAGUCCUCCGGUUACCUGAAACACAAAGAGAACUGGGCAAGUUGUUGAGCCCUGAAGUAGGACGUUUUGUGUGUUGUGAUCUAUCUUCCCCUAUGAUUGAAAACCAAGAGACCAGGCAAUCUAGAGAUGGCCUAAUAAUGGUCAAGGAAUCAGUAAGUGAUGCUGCUAUUCCCGAAGAUACCAUUACCAUUGCAUCACAGCCUGAACCUUUGGACCCUGGGAGCCAAGAAGUUGCAAAGUUGAACUUACUAAGCAUACCUGAGCUUGUGGAUUGCAAUGGCAGUGAUGCAGCCAGUUGUACACUACCAAAGACCCCUUGCAGCAUGAAAGGAGAAUCUGUGAGUGGAGACACAAAUGCUGUGACUAAAGAAGUCAUUGCAAACCUCAAAGCUGAAGUAGGAGAGCUUCAGGAAGAGAAAGCAGAGAUGGAUCGUCGCCUGCAGUGUGUGAACAAUCAGUUACUCGAUUCAACUGAAGAGAAAAGAAGAUUGGAAGAUGAAUUAUAUGUUGCAGGGAGAGAAGUGAACCAUUUGGCUCAGAAACUUGAGGCAUUGACAAAAGGGAAGAUACAAGAAGAAGAAUCAAUGAAAAACAACUUGAGAAAAGAAAAUGAGGUUUUGGAGAAGAGAAAUAAAGAGCUUCUAAAUGAGAUUACAAAACUGCAAACCAGCCAGCAAGCAAUGGAAACAGAGUUUGAACAAAAGAGGGAAGAAUAUUUGCAGAAAAUAUCUCAAUUGAAAGAUGACAAGAAGAAGAUGGAGGACAAGUUUAAUUGCAUGCAGCAAGAAAAUGCAGAGAAACUAAUAGAGUGUCAUCAAAGUAUUGAAACAUUGAGCACAGAAAAUGGGGAAAUGAAGGGAAGAUUAUCAGAACUUAAAACCAAGGAUAAAAUUCUUAAUAAUAUGGUGACAGAACUGAAAGAGAAAGUUGAAAAGAUGAUGAAAGAAAAUGAACACCUGCUUAACAAAAUUGACAAAAUGAAGAGUGAGAAGACAAAUACGGUUCACGAAACAAUACAUCACUUAACAAAAGAGAAUGAACAUCUUUUAGGAAAAGUCAGAGAACUGGAAAAUGAACUGGAGAAUUAUUCCACUGCGAAUACUGCAGCACAAUAUAAAAUAAAUCAAAUAGAAAAUGCAAAUACCAAUUUGAUGAAUGUGAAAGAAAAUUUAAUCAAAGAAUCAAAAGUGCAAGGAGAAGGUGAAAUAAAUGAAAAGCCAGAUGAGUUACAGAAAAUGUCAUCACAGCAAAGUGAUGUUUUAUUACAAGAAGCUACUGGCUGUGAGAAUGACAGGAAGAUAAUGUUAAAAGCCAAGAAGAGGAGGGAAGUGGAACAAAGCAAGAAUUCGAUGGAACACCAUGUUGAAUUUAAUGAUGUAUUGUCUGAGACAUCUACAGUGAAAAUCACUGGAAGAUCUAAUGAAUACAAAACCUUGUCAUCCAAAGAGAAUGCAGAAGAUGAAAGUCCACUCAGUGAUGAAACAAGAAUUGAUGUCGAAGCAUUUUUGGAAGAGAUUGAGAUGGAAGGAGACUCUUCCCCAGAUGAGCUGCAGAUGGGCUAUGACAUUCUACCAAGCAAAUCACAAGAUGCUGAUCAGUCAAGAACUGUCAUCAAGAAAAACAAUUCUUUUAAAUACCAGGCACAAUUGACUAAUGUGGAAGGGAAAAAUCAAUUUGAGGAACGAUUUGUAAAAGCAGAAUUGGAGCUGAAGUCUAAACAAACUGAGCUGGAUGAGACAAAAGCUAAGGCCCAGAAAUGGCAUUCAGAGGCAGGGUUGGCAGAAGAUAGAUCUGAAAAGAUCAAGCAAGACCUAACGCAAAUUGUAAUUGAGAUGGAAAAGCUGCAUAGAACCACAGAAGAACAAGGACCUCUGCAAAUGCAAACUAAACUUAUGGAAGAGAGUGUUCCAGUGAAAUCUAUUGGCCAAAAAGCAGACUUCAGCUCAAUUGACAUUACAACUCUUCAGCAGCAGAUUGUGACAUUGAAUUCCCAGCUUAAAGAUCAGAUUGCUUUGGAGAGGAAGCUUCAGGAAUUGCAGUUUAAACUGGAACUCCUUCAGAACCAGCUUGACAUAAAGUCCAAAGCCGAAAUGGAUUUAAAGAUGAAAAACUACUGCAUGAAAGGUCAAAUUGAUGCUUUGGCAGAACACGUCAACAAUGCAGAGAAUUUCAGAGCAAAAGAUAAUGAAAUGAAAAGUGGGACUGAUGUAUUUGAGAGACUACAGAAUGAAAACGCAAAUGCCAAGUUGUUGAUAGCUCCACUCAAGGCGAAGCUGUCCUGCCUGAUUCAGAAAUGCCUUUGCAGAAACAGUCUGAUUGUACAUUUAGUGAGGGAACUUUACCAGCGUGGCCUUCCCAGUGCCGGUUUGAUUGAAGAGGCUGAAGAUAUGUUGAAUGAUACUGCAAUCCUGGAGUACACCCGCAUGUUUCUGCCACCACAUUGCCAACAGCGAAACUUGAACAAUAAUUCAUCACCAGCUGGAAUUUCUAAACAAGAUCAAGGUUUCAGUCCUUGUUUUUCAAGCUCUGUCUCUCAUGGAAGCCAAGGCUUUGUUGAUUACAGAACAUCUUUGACCCACAGGGCAUGUGUGGCCACUGCUGACUAUCACCCUAAUCCUAACAUGCCCCACACUGUGCUGCCAGUGCUGAGUCUAUCUGCUGGAGAUAUUGUGUAUGUCACUGGGAUGGCAGACAGCCACGGGAUGUACCCUGCUGAAGUAAACGGGAGACUGGGAUUGGUUCCAGUUGCUUUUGUUGAGGAGAUGGACAAACUUCAUCAUCUGCCAAGUUGCAGAAUGAGCAGUCCAGGGAAAACCAAAGCAAUGAGGCAACCGCAGAGUCAUAAAUACCAGGUGACCUCCACAAAAGCAAGUCCUGAUUCACUAUCCACUCCUGCUAUACGUACUUCUCAGCUCAGUGUAUCAAGGUUACAUAAUGAAAUGGAAUAUUCUAACUUUAAGGCUCAAAAGCAAGCUACGGAAAAGGGGAAGGAACAACUGUGCCCGUCAAAGUUUGCUGAGCAAUUUUAUUGCAGUUCUGAGGAUUGCUUUGAGAUGCCAUAUGACCAGGCAUACAAUGAUGCAAGUGACUUAAAAAGCAUAAUGACCUCGAGAGAGAGCGACACACAUGUCGGAUUGACAGCAACUGGCAACCUGUCAGAUAGAUGUGCAUCAAAUCAUGAAGAGCACAGCAAGCAGCAUCCGUCUGGGGAAUGGCGACAUUCAAAGAUGGAACAAGAACCUCCUGCUCCAGUUGGCUUAGUGCGCAUUACUGACAGAGUCGGCCAGAAUGGCUUGAUGGUUGUCUGGGAGAAGCCUUCGAUGGAUGAAAUGGGAUGCAGCAAUGGAACAUUUGUUCAAGGUUACAGAAUAUUCAUCAAUGGAGAGUUUCACAAGUCGGUAACAGGAUCAAUCUGCACAAAGGUCGUAUUGGAAGAUCUUGACUUAAAUGUGCCAUUUCAAGUCAGCGUCCAGACAGUUGGAGUCAAUGGGCUGGUUUCUGAGAAGGUUCAAGUCCCAUUUCUGAAUUGCCGGCCACACAGAGUUUUAUCAGCACAGUCCUGUCUUGCACCAUGCAGUCAGGCCACUGAGGGGUCUGAUCUACCAGAGGAAACUAGAUUCACAUUCCGGCCAUUACAGUCUAAAUGGAGAAAGUUCAUUGCCAUUUAUGACUAUAAUCCAUUGCAAGACAGCCCCAAUAUUCAUCCAAGCCAGGAACUGGCUUUUAAAGAAGGGGAUACUAUUUGGGUGUAUGGAAAGCAAAGGAGAGAUGGCUUCUGUGAGGCAGAGGUACAUGGAAGGCGUGGCCUGGUGCCAAUCUGUUUCCUUGAGGAUACCAGCAUUGUAUUGCCACAAACACUGAUGCAAAAAACAACCUGCUCAAUUGCUUCAUCUCCAAGAUAUGACAGGAUGACCAAGCUAUUUGGGUCCUCAGAAUACCUCCACAAACAAAACUUAAACAAGUGACUGUUGAUGAGAAGAGUAUGAAUGUGAUAAGAAGAUCAAGGAAUGUAGGCUUUGACUGGAAGGUCUAAACAUGCACUACUGUUUGUCAAAGAAACUUCUUUAGGAAAUUGAUGAGUUGCUGCAGUCUCUGAGUACAGACAUGGAGUCUCUGCUGAAUGAAAAAUUUUCUCCACUCCUAAUUAGGUGCUAAAUCCCAACUAAAGCUGCAGCCUUGAAUUAAUCUUUGCCUUUAAUUUGUUGCCAGGUAUUUAAUUCUCAUACUACCUCUCCACCUUAUUCCAAUUUUGUAUUUCUUGCCAAAAUUCCAGACUGUUGAACUGGUCUUUUGUGUCAAAUGUCCUGGUGCACUUUUCAUUUUUUUAACAAUAAAGAAACAGUUAAUAGCUAACUAAACAUGAAAUAAAAUGGAACCAAUCUAAAUUUUAAAUAGUGUUUAAAAAAGUGUUGUGGUGCCAUUGUUCUGCUUCUGAAAACAGAUAAAGAACAGCACAUUUAUUUUAGAAAUAAAAAUGUUCAGCAUAUAAUGUUGCCUAUUCAAUCAUUGUAAAACAAAUAAGUUUUAAACUUGUUGUAUAGGUGUAUGCAUAUUAUAUUCAAUGUAGUUUAGUUGAUGAUCAGUAUCUUGGACAAAAAAAUAACAGAAGCCCCCUCCUCUUAAAUUUAAUUUACACAAUCCAUUUAAUAGUGGAAAUACAUCUUCUGUUAUUAUGGGACUGUUGUGUUUUGAAACCUGUACAUGUGCUGGCUCAGCUUACUGGGUGGCAUUUAAAAAUGCAAUUACUUUUGGAGUACAGAUUUCAGUCAACAAAUUUGUUUAACAUUUCACUUCCUUUGAAGUGUAUCUCAGGACUGUUUGGGGGCAAAAGUGCUUUCUUGUCAUUUGUUCUAUAUUUGUAUAUUAUGUGUACAGUUUAAAACUGCUUGUUUGCACUUUUCAUUGUCUAUUGCACCUGAAUAAGAAAUGUACCUUCAAAUUUAUAUUUUACAAAAUGGAACACACUAAUAGAUCAGUUUAACAAAGUAAAACUGCUGUUCUUAAAUUAGUGCUUACAAGUAAAUCCCUUCUAAUACAUAGGCACUAGUCUGAAAGGAUAAUUCAUUGAUUGCUGCUAGAUUGAAUAACCAUUGUAUUUGACAAUAGAACAAAGUAAUAGUAAUAACAGCUCUUUCCAUGAUGACAUAAAAAUACUCUUGAAUAAUUCUUUAGGAUUCUCUGACAGUCCAUUGAACAAUUAGACAUUGGAAAUUUUUGAUGCUAAAAUUCUCCCCAAACACCUUAGGCUCAUAUGAUUGGAUGUGAGAACUUUAUUGAAAGGUUAACAUGUAAUAGUUUAUGCCUUACUUUGUCACAAGAUACAUGUUUCAAAUUGAACCUUUAUAAUUGAAACAUGAUUAAUUAUCAGUUAUAUUCUGUACCAUUUUAAUAAGGUAGCAGAAACUUUAAACCUUCACUUACUGGUAAAAAAUGUGGUAAGUUUAGCCAGUGUUUUUUUUAUUCUUGCAUGAGACAAACUUGUUCUGCUGAAGUGAGGAAAUUGAAAAAAUGACUCCUUUUCCUCAAACCCUUUGUAAUAUUUGUUAAUAUGAAACUGCAGUGCAUGAAUUGUUGAUAUUGUAUGGUGGCCUUGUGAAAACAGCAAAUCUAAACUUUAAUCUGCUUACAUAAAACCAGCAGAUGUGAAUCAAUCUUCACAUCGAUACUUUUUUAUAAACUGGUGUGAGAAAGAAGUGUAUGUACAGUAAAUAUGUGCACCACAGAGCAGGCUUUCAUUUGUUUUUACAUACUGUAUAUAAACACACAUGCCUAGAGAUUCACCCUUGCUCAGUUGCACUUAAUAUUCUCUAUUGUAGCAUGAGCAUUUUGGAAUCUUCCUCUGAAAUUUAUGGUUUCAUUGCAACUAAAUUUCAUUAGCUGAAUAUUACUGCUGAUGAUACAAUAUAGUGUAUUUGGUCCCCUGAACGGGAUUGGAUUUCUAGCCAACAUUGUGUCUUGCACAUAGUGAAUCCUUCAGUGCCUUACGAAGGCAAACAGGAAUCAAACAUCCAUACUGGAUUUCAUUAAAAGCCAAAAAGGUUUGAUUUUUGUCUCUCCAAGAGGAACUCUUUACUAAGAUUGUGUUAUGGUUUCUAUACUGUAUAUGACUUGGAUGAGAUUAUUUUCCUUUAGUGCACAAGGUCCUUGUAAAAAUGAAUAAAGUUUAGAUAUGCUUUUUGUUAAAUAUAGAAGCAUAUUGAAAUGUCCUCAGAUUUCUAAUGUAUAUAUUGUGGAAUACAUGUAGUGUAGUCCCUAAUGUUUCUUAAAUAGAUGUACAUCACUCGUUUAUAAAAUGUUAUUAAAUAGCACUAAAAUUACAUAAAAUCCUGUUGAUUUACAUGUUAAUAAAAUUGUAAGGUUAUUUUUAUAAGCUGGUAACAUGUAAAUGAUUUCUACGCAUUUGUAUAUUGUAUAAUGUAUGCAUUUUGUAUUAAAAUUAAAUUAGGAAGUUAUUUGGA